ACGCAGCAACGACGGGAAGUAAAAGAAAAAUGUUUCGAAAGCAAAUCAAUUCCAUUAGAGAGAUCCUUAAAAGUACUGAGCCUAUGGACUCUUUCAAAAUACAGAUCAACGUAUUGCGGAUUUUGGGAGGAUUUCACGACCCAGAUGCAAACAAAUAUUUUAAACAUCUGACCAUUUUUCCAAUAAUUUUGAUUCUAAAAUUGUGCACAAUGUCUGUGAUUCAUCUGCUAUCGCAUAGUGUUUCGUUGGAAGAAAAGCUGCAAGGUUCAUUCACUUCAAAUACAUCGCUACUUUGUUGCAUUAAAUUGUAUUACAUGCGAAAGAAUAGCCUGAAAUUAUUCGACCUCGUGAAGUCUUUAAAGCAUCGAAUCAACCCUGUAAAUGAGUACGAAAUGAAACUAAUGCAAAAAGGCGCUAUAUAUCCCACAGCACUCAGUUAUAUACUUCUUCAAUCAGCAAUUUUGUUUUCAUGCGUGAUCUACGCAUUUUUUCCAAUAGGAAAGAGCAAUUACGGCAAACCCUUACCGGUCUAUGCGUGGUAUCCACGUUACUUCAGCGAAGGUAACCCGUACACAGCUGUGUACAUCCUACAGGAAAUGAGCAUUAUAUGCGCUGGAUCGCUUUGGGUUUGUGUCGAUACAAUCGAUUUCGGAUUGUUGGCACAACACAAUGUAAUGUUGAAAAUUUUGAGUCGACGUAUAGCAGACGUUGGAUGGACUGGAUCGCAAAACAGAGGACCCGACUACAAUGAAAAUAAUCAUCAGCUGCUUUGUGAAUGCGUCAAGUAUCACGUUGAAAUUACGAACUACCAGAGUGAAACAAAUGAAAUCUACGGCUCCAUUUUGUUUUCUAAAAUUACAUUCUCGGUGAUAAUUGUUUGUUCGUUUGUUUAUUCACUUACUUUGGAAGGUCACGAUUUUGGUAGCUUAGUUUGUCAACUAACUAUUUUUGGUGUGAUCAUCAGCACUCUGUUUGUGUUGUCUUGGAUGAGCGAGCAAAUUUCUGCUACAUCAGACAAUUUGCUGAACAAGGCAGUAGAAUGUAACUUUCAAUGUAUGGAUCGUAGAACCACAAAGACCCUGUUUAUAUUGAUGCAAGGAUUAUCUAGAACUGUUCAUAUUGAAGUGGGUUCGGUGUUCCAGAUUGUGUUGAGUUUGAAUAUGUUUGUCAAUAUCAUGAAUUUUUCCUACAAAUGCCUUGCACUACUCAAAACUAUAGAAGUUUAAAAUUUGAUGCAAAAAGGAAAACCAACUAUAAUUAAAUUGAAAGUUCACUAAUCUCCUUAAAACUACUCAUGUUCGUUUGAAGAGUCUGGCUUUCAUCUCAUUUUACAAUAAAA